CCAGGAGGACUGUCCCUGCAAUUAAACCACACCGAUAAAGUGAGGAAAUUGUGGAAAAUAGGAUAAUUAAUGAUUUAACGGCGUUCUGUUUUGGAUGAAUACGGACGGCUCUUGGGUAGCGAAAAACUUCUAAAGACGGAGACGCAUUUUUAGACUACCGAUGGCGCAAAGCGGAACUUCAUUUUCCAUCCAUGACAUACUAACCCGCGGACGUGAUAGCAUUCCGGUCACCAGGGAAUAUCCACAAGUAGGUGCGCUGGCCGGCUCCGAGCUCCAAAGAGAACCUGUAAAGAACAGCAAGGGGUGCCGCAAUGCCUCCGACUCGGAUUACAGUGACCAACACAAUGGAGAUACAACCGGAGAGGUCCAGAACACUCGGGGAGGUGGAAAAAUCGUUCGAGACCAGUGCGAGGGAGAGGAGGUUUUGCCGUACCUCUGUGGCGAGGAAUCAACCGGAGACGAACCGGAAUAUGGGGGAUAUCAAAAAGCAAACAAAAAGGACGGGGAGCGGGGAAAGCUGGAGAGUUGCGGCCAUGGUGAGCAUCCCAAAUCCAGCAAGAAGCGGUCGCGAGCUGCCUUCUCCCACGCGCAGGUUUAUGAACUGGAGCGGCGCUUUAACUUGCAGCGGUACCUGUCCGGCCCGGAGAGAGCGGACUUGGCCGGGGCUCUUAAACUCACAGAAACACAAGUGAAGAUCUGGUUCCAGAACAGGAGAUACAAAACCAAACGGCGACAAAUGGCAGCGGAGAUGGCAGCCAGCUCCACCCCGGCCAUGGCAAAGAAAGUGGCGGUUAAAGUACUGGUGAGGAACGACCAGAGGCAGUACAGAGUUGAGGAGCUACCCGCUCCGUCUGUCCUUCCAUUGUACCCAGCCUAUCAGUACUAUCCCUACAUUUACUGUUUCCAGCCGUGGUUGUCUAACACGGCGCUCUGUGGCGGACUGCACUGAGGCUAUACAUUCUGCAAGCUAUU